CUACAGAUAUCCGUGCCGGCAAAAGAUGCUGCUACAUUAACGGAGAAGCUGCUUCAAUCCAAGAAUGGUACGGUGAAGUUAGCUGGAUUAGGAGCGCGUGAUGCGCUACGAAUGGAGGCUGGCUUGUGCCUUUAUGGAAACGACAUUGACGAGAACACAACACCAGCAGAAGCUGGACUUGCUUUUGUUGUCGCAAAGCGCCGCCGUGAAACCUUGGGUUUCCCUGGUGCAGAGAAGGUGGUUGGCCAGCUGAAAUCGAAAUCCUGGCCAAAGCAACGUGUUGGACUGAUUUCGGAACCCGGCCGUGCUCCAAGAGCACAUCUACCUCUGAUGGAUCCUCUGGACAAAAGUGCAAUUGGCUUUGUCACAUCUGGAUGUCCAUCUCCAUGCCUAAACCAGAACAUUGCAAUCGCCUAUGUUGACAAGCCAUAUGCAAAAGUAGGAAAGACAAUUGUCGCCGACUUUGGCACCAAGCAAGUUAAGGUCACCGUGACCAAAAUGCCAUUUGUGCCGACUAAGUAUUAUACGAAGUCUUCCUAG